GCCGCCGUCACACUGACCUCCUGCACUGCUCUCUGCGACCCGGGGCCUCGUCCACCCGCACCCGAGGGGAGGAAACUGACCACGGUCAUGCCGGAGCCCACUAAGAAAGAGGAAACCGAGGCGCCGGUCCCCGCCCCCGACCCCGACCCCGCCCCGACCCCCAAAGAACCAAGUAAAGAGAAGGAGGCGGGAAGUGCACCAGCCAAAGAUGAAGAGGACGCGUCCCCGCCUAGCGCCUUGCCUCCAGGUCUGGGUAGCCGGGCCCUGGAGCGGAAGGACUCAGAAUGGUCCCUCGGCGAGUCCCCUGGCGGUGGCGGCGGCGGCAGCGGUGGCGGCGGGGAGGAACAGGACAAGCAGAAUGCCAACUCGCAGAUGUCCACCCUGUUUGUGGAGAAGCCGCAGACAGGAGCAGUGAAAGUUGGUGAGAACAUCACCUUCGUGGCCAAGGUGAAGGCGGAGGAUCUGCUGCGCAAGCCCACCGUCAAGUGGUUCAAGGGCAAGUGGAUGGACCUGGCCAGCAAGGCGGGGAAGCACCUGCAGCUGAAGGAGACCUUCGAGCGGCAGACGCGGAUGUACACGUUUGAGAUGCAGAUCAUCAAGGCCAAAGAGAACUACGCGGGCAACUACCGGUGCGAGGUGACCUACAAGGACAAGUUCGACAGCUGCUCCUUUGACCUGGAAGUGCACGAAUCUACUGGGACUACACCAAACAUCGACAUCAGAUCCGCCUUCAAGAGAAGCGGAGAAGGUCAAGAGGAUGCAGGAGAACUUGACUUUAGUGGUCUCCUGAAACGUAGGGAGGUGAAGCAGCAGGAGGAGGAACCCGAGGUGGACGUCUGGGAGCUGCUGAAGAACGCGAACCCCAAUGAGUAUGAGAAGAUCGCCUUCCAGUACGGCAUCACCGACCUGCGGGGGAUGCUCAAGCGGCUCAAGCGCAUGCGCAGGGUGGAGAAGAAGAGCGCAGCUUUUUCAAAAAUUCUUGAUCCUGCAUAUCAGGUUGAUAAAGGAGGCAGAGUAAGGUUUGUUGUGGAACUGGCAGAUCCGAAGUUGGAAGUGAAAUGGUACAAAAACGGUCAGGAAAUUCGACCCAGCACCAAGUACAUCUUUGAGCACAAAGGGUGCGAGAGAAUCAUGUUCAUCAAUAACUGCUCCCUGACAGACGACUCGGAGUACUACGUGACGGCUGGCGAUGAGAAGUGCUCCACGGAGCUCUUCGUGAGAGAGCCUCCGAUCAUGGUGACCAAGCAGCUGGAAGACACAAACGCUUACUGCGGGGAGCGAGUGGAGUUAGAGUGCGAAGUGUCUGAGGAUGAUGCCAAUGUGAAAUGGUUUAAGAACGGCGAGGAGAUCAUCCCCGGCCCCAAGUCAAGAUACAGAAUUAAAGUGGAGGGCAAGAAACACAUUCUGAUCAUAGAAGGGGCGACCAAGGCCGACAGCGCGGAAUACUCGGUGAUGACCACGGGCGGGCAGUCCACCGCUAAGCUCAGCGUCGACUUGAAGCCUCUGAAGGUCAUGACGCCCCUGACUGACCAGACGGUAAAGCUUGGCAAAGAAAUAUGCUUGAAGUGUGAGAUCUCUGAGAACGUGCCCGGGAAGUGGACGAAAAACGGCCUGCCCGUCCAGGAGACUGACCGGCUGAAGGUUGUCCACAAAGGACGAAUCCACAAGUUAGUCAUCGCCAACGCCCUCCUUGAAGACGAAGGGGAUUAUGUGUUCACCCCUGACGCCUACAAUAUCCCUAUGUCCGCCAAAGUUCAUGUUAUUGAUCCUCCCAGGAUUAUCCUGGACGGCCUGGACGCAGACAACACCGUGACAGUGAUCGCGGGGAACAAGCUGCGUCUGGAGAUCCCCAUCACCGGGGAGCCCCCUCCGAAGGCCAUCUGGAGCCGGGCGGAUAAGGCCAUCAUGGAGGGCAGCGGCCGCAUCCGGUCGGAGCACUACCCCGACAGCAGCACGCUGGUCAUCGACGCGGCGGAGCGGGACGACUCGGGCGUCUACCACAUCAACCUGAAGAACGAGGCGGGCGAGGCCCACGCCAGCAUCAAGAUCAAGGUGGUGGACAUCCCGGACCCCCCCGUGGCCCCGAACGUGACGGAGGUGGGAGACGACUGGUGCGUGAUGACCUGGGAGCCCCCGGUCUACGACGGCGGCUCUCCGAUCUUGGGCUACUUCAUCGAGAGGAAGAAGAAGCAGAGCUCCAGGUGGAUGAGGCUCAACUUCGACCUCUGCAAGGAGACGACCUUCGAGCCCAAGAAGAUGAUCGAGGGCGUGGCCUACGAGGUCCGCAUCUUCGCGGUCAACGCCAUUGGCAUCUCCAAGCCCAGCAUGCCGUCCAAGCCCUUUGUGCCCCUGGCUGUCACCAGCCCUCCGACGCUGCUGGCCGUGGACUCUGUGACAGACACGACUGUGACGAUGAAGUGGCGGCCCCCGGACCAGAUCGGCGCCGCCGGCCUGGAUGGUUACGUGCUGGAGUACUGCUUUGAGGGAAGUUCCUCCGCCAAACAGUCUGGUGAGAAUGGGGAGGCUGCGUCUGAUCUGCCAGCCGAGGACUGGAUCGUCGCCAACACAGACCUGAUCGACAAGACCAAGUUCACCAUCACCGGGCUGCCCACGGACGCGAAGAUCUUCGUGCGUGUGAAGGCGGUGAACGCGGCGGGCGCCAGCGAGCCCAAGUACUACUCGCAGCCCAUCCUCGUGAAGGAGAUCAUAGAGCCUCCAAAAAUCCGCAUCCCGAGGCACCUGAAGCAAACCUACAUCCGCAGAGUGGGAGAAGCCGUCAACCUGGUUAUCCCUUACCAGGGAAAACCAAGACCAGAGCUGAGCUGGAAGAAGGACGGGAAGGAGAUCGACAAGAAUCAAAUCAACAUCCGCAACUCGGAGACGGACACCAUCAUCUUCAUCAGGAAGGCGGAGCGCAGCCACUCCGGGAAAUACGACCUGCAGGUCAAGGUGGAAAAAUUCACGGAGACCGCGUCCAUCGACAUCCAGAUCGUCGACCGUCCAGGGCCACCGCAGACUGUGAAGAUAGAAGACGUGUGGGGGGAGAACGUGGCCCUGACGUGGACGCCGCCCAAAGAUGACGGCAACGCUGCCAUCACCGGCUACACCAUCCAGAAGGCCGACAGGAAGAGCAUGGAGUGGUUCACCGUCAUCGAGCACUACCACCGAACCAGCGCCACCAUCACGGAGCUGGUCAUCGGGAACGAGUACUACUUCCGGGUUUUCUCGGAGAACAUGUGCGGGCUCAGCGAGGACGCGACCAUGACCAAGGAGAGCGCCGUGAUCGCCAAGGACGGUAAAAUCUACAAAAACCCCGUGUACGAAGACUUCGACUUUACAGAGGCACCGAUGUUCACACAGCCCCUGGUGAACACCUAUGCCAUCGCGGGGUACAACGCCACCCUGAACUGCAGCGUCAGGGGGAACCCCAAGCCCAAAAUAACCUGGAUGAAAAACAAAGUUGCAAUCGUGGAUGACCCAAGGUACCGGAUGUUCAGCAACCAGGGCGUGUGCACCCUGGAGAUCCGCAAGCCCAGCCCCUACGACGGGGGCACCUACUGCUGCAAGGCCGUCAACGAGCUGGGCGCGGUGGAGAUCGAGUGCAAGCUGGAAGUGAAAGGCGGGCUGUCCUUCUGCAGGCUGCUACUGCAGGGCGUGCCUCCCAACAUCAUCGACUCCUACCUGCGCGACCUGCACUGCAGCUACCCCGACGAGUACUGAGGGCCGGCGCCGCCUCCAACUCCGCUGCUUCGAAAUCUGCUUGGAAAGAGAGAGCAUUUUCUGGCUUCCCGCCAGGCCGCUAGUGUGGUCAGUUUCUUUCCUCCUAAUGUUAAAGAGAAGGAGAAAAAAAAAGAGUUUGCACACGAUUGCUUCAUUAAAAAUUGCAAAAUCUCA